GUACUUUUGUUUCAUAACUGAAUGCAAAAACCCGAAGGCCUGUACUAUACUAUUGAGAGGCGCCUCGAAAGACAUGCUCAACGAAUUGGAGCGCAACCUUCAGGACGCGAUGUCUGUCACCCGUAAUAUCUAUAACGAGCCGUUUAUUCUGGCCGGCGGUGGAGCCGUCGAGAUGGCUGUUGGAAAGAUUCUGUCAGAAAAGGCUAAAAGUAUUACUGGUGUUCAUCAGUGGCCGUAUAAGGCUAUCCAAAAAGCCUUAGAAGUGAUUCCGAGAACUUUGAUUCAAAAUUGUGGCGGCGAUACCAUUAGAACGUUGACCGCUCUGAGAGCUAAACACGCGACUACUUCUGCAGAUAAUAAGACGUGGGGUAUAAAUGGAGAGACCGGAGAAUUGGCCGAUAUCUCUAAGUUAGGUAUUUGGGAACCACUGUCUGUUAAAUUACAGGCCUAUAAAACGGCGGUUGAG